AUGGAUGAGGACGUGCCGGAGAACGAGAUCCGCAUCACCUUGACGCGGAAGAUGCGCGGCUACGUCACGCGUGCUGCAGCCUGCCUCCAGGAGCGCGGCCACAGCAGCGUCACCCUCAAGUCCACUGGGCGCGCGAUUACAACGGCCGUCACCAUUGCCGAGGUUGUGAAGCGCCGCAUCCCGGGGCUGCACCAAUCCACAGCCAUCGCGAGCGUGAGCGUGGUCGACAGCUACGAGCCGAGGCAGGCGGGGCUGGACCCGGUGAGCGUCACGAGGUUUGCGUCGGCCGUCAAGAUCGUGCUGUCCAAGGAGGUGCGGCGCGCGGCCGCCGCCCCUGAGCGCACGCGCCCCGCGGCCGCUGGCCGCGCCGGCUGCGCCGAGCCGAGUUGGGGCGCGCCCCCAGGCGCGGGCGUCGGGAAGGGGGUAGAGAGGGUCGAGCGCCCCUCGGCGCUGGGGCCAGCGGCGGCACCGUCCGCCCGUGCCGGCGUGUGGCGGUGGUGGAAGGAGCGGCUCCUCUCGUGCGUGAGGGCGCCACGCGCUGGCGCCCCUUCGCCGCUGGACGCGAUGGCCCCCGGCUACCAGGCGCCGCUGCCGGCGUCGGCGGCGCGGCUGGGCGCGGCGGAGGAGGCGGCGCUGCUGGAGGAGGACGAGGAGGGGCGCCCCGCACGCCACAGGACGCGGCGCGCCCGAGGGGCCGCGCGCGCGGAGGCGACGGCCGCGGAGGGGGCGCUGGAGCAGUGGGCGGCGCUGUGCACGGAGAGACGGCGGAUCAGCCGCCAGCUGAGGGGCGCGGCGCCAGGGGCCACGGCGCGGGCCGCGGACGGGGGCGAGGGCGGGGACACGGGCGGGGUGAUGGCGCUGGUGCUGGUGGGGGUUCGGCUGGGGCAGCGGGCGGGGGCGAUGGAGCACGCCGCCGCCGGCUCGCACGCCGGCAGCGCCUACGAACGCCAGCAGCAGGAGAUACGGGAGGCGCGCCGCCGCCAGUGGGAGGCCGAGCGCGCCGGCGGCGAGCGCCGCGACACGGCCGCGCCGGCGCCGACGGGCCCCGCCGAUGCAGGCGGCCCCGGAUACGCCCACCUUCAAGAGAUGCUGCGCACCAUCCAGCGCCACGACGGCGGCGGCUUCAUGGCCGGCGCGCCGCCUGCCGGCGCGGCCCCGCCGCGCGCCGCCGAACAUGCCGCCGGCGCCGACGCCGCAGCAGCGGCAGCGGCUGCGCGCGAGGCGGAGCGCCAGAGGCAGGAGCAGGCGGAUCUAGAGGUGGCCCUGCGCCUGCAGCGCGAAUUGGAUGAGGAGGCGGCAGCGGAGGCCGCGGCGGCGCGCGAGCGCGAGGCGCGCGACGCGGCGCGGGCGCGGAGGGUGGCCGAGGCGGAGGGGGACGGCUGGGUGGACGUCGAUCCAGCCGACCCUGUGCCCCCAGGGGGCCGCGCCGCGCACGCGGCCGCCGGCGCCGCCGGCGCGGGCCCUGGCGCCCGCAGCGACGGGGGCAGCAGGCCGAAGAAGGCGCCCACCAGCAGCAGCAGCAACAGCAGCAGCAGCAGCAGCAGCAGCCCCCACGACCCCAGCCGCACGGCGCCGCGGCCGGUGAGGGCGCCGGCGGCGAAGGUGGCGGGCAAGCCGGUGGCGGCGGGGUCGCAUCCUGGCUACUGA